UUCGUCAUAAAUAAGCUACAAUGUGUGCAUUAAAAUAAAAAAACUGAUAAUAUUUUUUUUAUCAAGAAAUAUGACACAAUUAGAACUUCCCUGCGUAAACUAUCUCUUUAUUUUAUUAUAAAUAAUGUUUGUAGAAGUUACGGACUGAAAUAAUAGCACCUAACACUCAGUACUUGGAAGCUUAAGCUGAAUCCGUGAAGAUCCUCUCUCUUAGCGAGAUCGAGAAUUACCAUAAGCCUUGAAGUCAACAAUUUAAACCAAGACACGAUGCUCCUCGAUAUUGGAUACCGUCGAUGUCCGUUCCUGGAGAACCUGCGGCCGGGAAGCUCGAGGAUCGUGUUUGGUGAACAGACUAUCACCCGUGAACGAUUUCCCGGCGUGUAACAUGCUCGCAGUCCGCGCGACCUGGCAUGGAAGUCAGUGAGCCAUCGGACGAGGACGUGGACCGAUCGAUAGGCAGGCUCUGCAGCACGACUUCCGGCAUCGAGCGCCUCUCCGAGUCGUUGAACGCGAGCGUCGGUGGCACCCUCGCGACCUCCGUCUCGACAGUCGACAGUUACCAAUCGGUGAACGUGAUCUGGACGGUGAUCAAAGGUGUGGUGAUAAUCGGUAUCAUCGUGACCGCUUUGAUAGGCAACGCGCUGGUGAUAGCCAGCGUCAGGCGGCACCGGAAGCUCCGCGUGCCGACGAAUCGAUACGUGGUCAGCCUCGCGGCCGCGGACUUCCUCGUGGCUGUGUGCGCUAUGUCCUUUAACGCGUCCGUCGAACUGUCCGGCCAGUGGAUGUUCGGCAGAGUCAUGUGCGACCUUUGGUGUUCGUUGGACGUUUACUUCUCCACGGCGUCGAUACUGCAUCUGUGCUGUAUCAGCGUGGACAGGUAUUAUGCCAUCGUCAGGCCGCUCGAGUAUCCUGUUAUUAUGAAACGGUUGACGGUGACUCUCAUGCUGGGCAGCGCCUGGCUGCUGCCGGCUUUGAUCAGCUUCAUUCCCAUCUUCAUGGGCUGGUACACUACCGACGAGCAUCUCGAGGAUCUCGUUAAAAAUCCUCAGGUAUCUUUCAAAGAGUUCAUUGUUGGGUGUAAUUCAACGCAUUUCCAUUCACACUGCUUUCUCCUUUUCGGCAUUCAUUACAUUAAUAGUCAUUCAAAUCGCAUUUACAUAAUAAAAUAA